GGGAUAUAAGUCCCACCGUUUUAUUUUGCACUCAGUCCUCGCUAUAAUGUCCUGGACCAACUUGGCACCCUGGCGAACGCAGGACCAGACUGAGGACGAAAAGCCAACGCCCAGCCAAUCGUACAACCAGGAAAACGCGCCGUGCCGGUCAAUGCGACAGUCGUCGUCUUCAAACGUUAAUGAACCCAACAAAAUACUCCUGGCUAUUUAUUCCUGUGGCCGACUACUCUACAAAACUGCAUCCGCAGUUCUGCCAUCUUUCAUCUUUUUCGGAAGCACACCGGAGCAGCAGCGGGACGAGCCAUUGCAGCUGCAACACGAUGAACAAAUAGUGGAGCAGUGUGUUGCCGAUAAAAAUGACCGCGCAUCAAUUCAUAACGAUGACCUCUCUAAGGGACGCGAAGAACUGACAGAGUCACUAAACUCUGCUUUAUCACACGAUUCUCAAAUAUUGAAGGAGCUGGAUCAGUGCGACUUUGUCUAUGAUGUCAUGGCCGGUCCGCCUGGAAAGAACCAGCUGCGCCGAUGUAUGAUGCUCAGCUUCCACGCAGAUACCGACAUUAUGUCGAAAGAGGCACAUCAGAGACUCGGGACGAGCAUCGAGCCUUAUCAAGGGGCUCCUAUCCCAGUUUUGGGACUUCAAGAUAGCAAACCAGUUGGAAUUGCAGAAGUGCAGUGGUCUUUUUGUGGGCGCAGCAAGCCUUACCGAACAGCGUUCUACGUUGUAGAAGACGUUGAAUACGAUCUUCUCAUUGGAAGACCUUCGAUGCGGCAGCACGAGCUGUAUCGAGUGGAUCCCGCUAUUGCGGAAAGGCUUCGUGAUUCGUAUCGACGUCAGUAGGCUCAAUUACUUAGUGGAGGACGGGCGGCCGGACUUAGAGCUUGUCUGGACUCCCUUCUGUCCCACACGUCAAUCCAGCUUGCCUUUAUAUACGUCGGAAGGAGUCCCCACAAAUGUUCUAUUGGUAGCCUGGGUGCAAUUUUACCUUACAGAUAGCCGGGCUCUGAAUGUCGGGCAUGUUCGGAAUCCAGGACAAAUGCUGGUUUGAUAUCGGCGUAAUGAUACUCUUCCUAUUUCGGUUGAGUAGAAUCGUAAAGACCCACAGUAUGCC